ACAUGAGGAUGUGGAGCCUUAAGAGCCUGCUGAUCACCCUGUGCAUUGCUCUCAGCUGUGUGAGGCAUGCAGCAGGGUUGAUCCAUGUGUCUGGAUAUGAAGGGGGUGAAGUUAAUGUUUCUUGUCGGUACGGACAGGGUUAUGAAUCUUACGAGAAGUACCUGUGCAAGAAUGACUGUGGCGACAGUGAUGUUCUUAUUACGACAACAGAAGCAAAGAAGCACAGAUACUCCAUCUAUGAUGAUAAACACAGACAAGUCUUCAUAGCGACCAUCUCCGAUCUAAGUCGUACAGAUGCUGGGAAAUACUGGUGUGGGGUGACAAGGACUGGUAAGGAUCUCUACACUGAAGUGAAGCUGGAAGUAGGACGAGAAUGGUGCUGCGUGAAGUCGAACAAACUGAGAGGCAUUGUGGGCCAACCCGGAACUAUGCAGUGUCCAUAUCCACCACAACAUAGGCAUAACAGGAAGUUCCUCUGUAAGGGAGACCACCGCAACAACUGUACAGACAUGGUGACAAGUCAGAGCAGGUUCACGCUGCAAGAUGACGUUCCUUCCAGCUCUUUCACGGUGCUGAUCACGGAGCUGAGAGCAGGGGAUGCUGGGACAUACUGGUGUGGUUCAGACCCACAGUGGACUGCUGCGAACUACACACAGAUUCAGCUGUCACUAGGCUUUUCACAGCAGACCAGCACUGUGAGAUCUACCAUCACUGUGGUGGAACCUGUUGCAUCACAAUCAACACCAGUCCCUGGACAACAGAUCAAACCACGUGUACACCCUGUGGUUUUCGCCGUGCCCGCUGUGCUGCUCACACUGACGUUUGCUCUGGUCGUGGUUUAUAAAUACAAGUGUUCCAAAGUGCGAGGAGCUGGAGCCAACAUGAACAGAGACAACACCAAGGCAGCCGUAACAGAGGAAGUGAUAGGAGGAGUAGAUGUAAGAAAACAAAA